AUGUCCUCGGGAUUGACGCGACGCCGCGGUGCGGGCGGCGCAGGACCUGCGGGUGAAGGCGACUCCAGCAAUGGCGCUGCCCCUAGAACAAGCACACCCAGCGCCAGGGACAACGGUCCCGAGACGAGCUACGAGAACUCAGAAAAUGGCCACAAGAUCGCCUUCGACCCUCGAGACAUUAGCGAGAGUGCUGAGCGAAGCAAGCAGCCCAAGCUCACCCUCAUGGAGGAGGUGUUGCUACUUGGCCUCAAGGAUAAGCAGGGCUACCUCUCUUUCUGGAACGACAACAUUUCUUACGCCCUACGAGGAUGCAUCGUCAUCGAGCUGGCCUUCCGCGGUCGCAUUGCAAUGGAAAAGGACGCUUCGAGACGUCGAUUCCCCCUCGCAGACCGCAACAUCGAAGUCAUAGACGAUACCCUCACCGGCGAGGUUCUCCUUGACGAAGCCCUUAAGAUGAUGAAGCAGAGCGAAAAGAUGAGCGUUGCAACCUGGAUUGAUUUGAUGAGUGGCGAGACCUGGAACUUGAUGAAGAUUGGGUACCAACUCAAGCAGGUCCGAGAACGACUCGCAAAGGGCCUUGUCGACAAGGGCAUCCUCCGUACCGAGAAGCGCAAUUUCCUCCUCUUCGACAUGGCCACCCAUCCCGUCGCUGAUGGCGGUGCCAAGGAGGAGAUCCGCCGCCGCGUCCGCACUGUCCUUACCCAACGAACCGUCGUCCUCAACGGUAGCCAGUUCCUACCCGAGUCGCUCGAGUUUCGUUAUAUGCGCACCAUCGCCAUGGUUUGCGCCGCUUACGCCGCUAAUGUCCUCGAGAAUGCCCUCGCAUCCCUUGGUCAUGAGGCUCGCGAGAGAGCCUUUGCGCAGACCGACGACCUGCUCGCUGACUACAGUCAAUGGCCAUUCGGCAAGAAGGCCACACAGAACGGCAUUGGGGCCAACUUGCCUCAACUUAUCAACGAGGAGGUCAACAGCGGUAAAGACAAGGAGCUCCAGCUCGAGGUUGUUUCAGCUUGCUUGAGUGUCUUUACUCGACUCGACUCCCUUCUAUAA